GGCAUUUCCUGUCUGCGACACAAGUUUCCGUUUCAGGACACGCUCCUGUCCAGCCCAGACUGCUCUGUUGGUUUGGUCUGUUUUAGUGGAAACAGCGGCCGCUAAUUAUCUCCCUAACGGACUGAAAAGCAACGAGAAAAUUUUUAUUGAAGGAGGAGAGGAAAUAAGCCGCCAAGAUGCCGCGUAUAAUGAUAAAAGGAGGCGUCUGGCGCAACACCGAGGAUGAGAUCCUCAAGGCUGCGGUGAUGAAAUAUGGGAAAAACCAGUGGUCUCGUAUCGCCUCCCUGCUUCACCGCAAAUCUGCCAAACAGUGUAAAGCCAGAUGGUAUGAGUGGCUUGACCCCAGCAUUAAGAAGACCGAAUGGUCCAGGGAGGAGGAGGAGAAGUUGCUUCAUUUGGCCAAGCUGAUGCCUACACAGUGGAGAACCAUCGCUCCCAUCAUAGGACGCACCGCUGCACAAUGUCUGGAGCACUAUGAAUACCUGCUGGACAAGGCAGCACAGAGGGACAAUGAGGAGGAGGUAGGAGAUGACCCGAGGAAAUUAAAACCAGGAGAGAUCGAUCCCAACCCUGAAACUAAACCUGCCCGACCUGACCCCGUGGACAUGGACGAAGAUGAGUUGGAGAUGCUGUCAGAGGCCAGGGCCAGACUGGCCAACACCCAGGGCAAGAAAGCUAAGAGGAAGGCCAGAGAGAAACAGCUGGAGGAAGCGAGGCGGUUGGCCGCCCUCCAGAAGCGCAGAGAGCUGAGAGCAGCAGGAAUAGAUGUUCAGAAGAAGAGGAAGAAGAAGAGAGGAGUGGACUACAACGCUGAAAUCCCCUUCGAAAAGAAACCUGCUCAGGGAUUCUAUGACACCAGCAUGGAGCAGUAUGACGCUCUGGAGCCAAACUUCAAACGACUCAGACAGCAGCACUUGGACGGAGAACUGCGCAAUGAGCGUGAGGAGAGGGACAGGAAGAAAGAUAAACAGAAGAUAAAGAAGAAGAAAGAGAGUGAUUUGCCAUCUGCCAUCCUGCAGACCAGCGGAGUGGCUGAGUUUACCAAGAAACGCUCCAAACUGGUUUUACCCGCACCACAGAUCAGUGAUGCCGAGCUGGAGGAAGUGGUCAAACUGGGCGUGGCCAGCGAGGUUGCCCGUCAAGCCGCGGAGGAGAGUGAUGUCGCUAACUCCGCCUCCUCAACCCUCCUGUCAGAGUACAGCGUCACCAACAACAUGGCGACAGGGCUGCGCACGCCGCGCACCCCCGCAGCCCAGGACAAGAUUCUGCAGGAGGCGCAGAACCUGAUGGCUCUGACCAACAUCGACACUCCUCUGAAAGGAGGCCUCAACACCCCGCUGCACCAGAGUGACUUCAGUGGAGUUACACCUCAGCGCCAGCAGGUCCAAACCCCCAACACUGUGCUCAGCACCCCGUUCAGAACACCUGGCCCAGGUCAGGGGUCGGAGGGCAUGACCCCUCAGGCAGGAGGGGGCAUGACCCCACGUGGGGCCACAACCCCAGGGUUGACCCCUGGCCGCACACCACUGAGAGACAAACUGAACAUUAACAGUGAGGAGCAGCUGACUGACCCUGCGUAUGCUAAACACAUGCAGAGAGAGAGCCUGCAGCAGCUGAAGCAGGGCCUCAUGUCACUUCCUCUUCCCAAGAACGACUUUGAGAUCGUCCUGCCUGAAAACGCCGAGAAAGAGCUGGAGGAGACGGAGACGGACAGCGGCUUCAUAGAGGACGCAGCCGACAUAGAGUCACGCAAGCAGGCUUUGCGGGAGGCAGAAAGAGAGAAGGAGCUGAAGUUGCGACACACUGCCGUUCAGAGGAGUCUGCCCAGACCUACUGAGGUGAACGAGUCCGUCCUGCGGCCUGCCUCCCUGGAGCCCCUCUCCGAUCUCCAGUUGGCUGAAGAGCUGAUCAAACAGGAAAUGAUCACCAUGCUGCACUACGACUGCCUGCACCACCCGUCAGCCAACAUAGCCAGCCUAUUGCAGCGCGGGAAAACCAGAGGGCCCGCCUCCACGUCUAAUAAUGCCUCGCAUAUAGCGUACCUGGACACACACAGCUACCAGCCAGUCAGCCCAGAGGACAUGGAGAAGGCCUCAGCGGUGCUGGCAGCAGAGAUGGAGGUGGUGAAGGCAGGAAUGGGGCACGGUGAGCUCAGCAUGGAGGCCUACAGCCAGGUGUGGGAGGAAUGCUACGGACAGGUGUUGUAUCUCGCAGGUCAGAACAGGUACACCAGAGCUAACCUGGCAUCCAAGAAAGACCGUAUUGAAAGCUUGGAGAAGAAACUAGAGGUGAACCGUGGUCACAUGACAGCAGAGGCCAGGAGAGCAGCUAAGCUGGAGAAGAAACUCAAAAUCCUCCUGGGAGGGUUUCAGUCCAGAGCGCUGGGACUGCUGAAGCAGCACAGUGAACUCUGGGAGCAGGUGGAGCAGGCAGCCACAGAGCUCCACACAUUCACUCAGCUGAAGAAACAAGAAGAUACAGCUAUUCCCAGGAGACAAGAGGGCCUGCGGGAGGACGUGGAGAGGCAGAUGGAGCGAGAGAGAGAGCUGCAGCAGAGAUAUGGAGAACUUCUGCUGGAGAGGGAGACGCUGCUCAACAGCGCGCAGAAAUACUGAUCCAAACACACACAGUAACACACAUACUAAAUGCACACACACACAAAUACUGAUCAACACACUCAUUACAGCGAUGACGAAUUAAUAAUCUAGAUGACAGUUUCUCUCAGACACUGAAUCAGCAGCACUGAGUCAUGCUGACACAAAACAAAUUUCCAUGCUUUCAUUGUCCGACUCGUUGCUCCCAUCAAAUGUCUACUUGAAUCUGUCGCUCUCUGGUUGCCGUGGCAACUCCAGAGCAAAGCCCCACCUCUGCGUACCGAUGUUGCAGUGAUGUCACAGGCUGAGUUUUUGGCAUGCUCAGUAGAGUCUCUUGUGUUUCUGUAUUAGUGACCAAUAAAGUUUCUUUUGACCAACA